AUGCAUCUGCAUCAUUUCUCCAGACUUAUGGCUAUGAUAGCCCUCUCUUGGAUGGCUGAGACCCUCUGUCGAGAAGAAAACCCGAAGCCAUCAACAUGUGAUGGUGUCCUGAUGGUGCAAGGGGAGAUCCCAGAAAUCUUGGGAGUAGAUGGGAAGCCAUUUAACCAAUUUGUAGGCAAUUUGACGUAUUCCCUUGGCAUGGACGGGGUCCUCUCGCUCAAUAGCACGACACCGACGUGGCAUUGCGACUCCAUCAAGGCUAAAACAAACUCCACAAAUACUAUGCGAACUCUGAAAAAUGUGUUUGGUUCUGCACAGAUGUCGUGCAAAGCAGACGUUCAGGAUGUUGAAUCAUCGUGGGUUACCCAAUGGACAAAAAUCACCUUUGCUGGACAGCUUUAUGUCAGUAUCAUUGUCCAUGACGGAAUCUGCGGUUCUCCUACUACCUUACUGGGUUCCGGUACCACAUGUUACUACAGCGCAACGACCGAUGGUGGACUCAAAGGCAAUGCCGAAUGCAGGUGGAAAACGAUUGAUCAACCACACCACCUAGGUGAUAAUGCGGAUGACGGGGGUCAAGGUGGUGACGAAUGA